GAAUUCUCUCUGUUCAAUGUUGUAUGUACUUGUUAUCCUGACGAUUGUACGGUAUAAGCUCAUUUGGAAUAGUAGUAUACGUAGUAUACCUUUGGUAUCCGUGGUUUCAGUCGGUUCAGUAACGGUUGGAGAAAGAUGUUAAGUUUAAAUUUGUAGGAUAUCCCACAAGGCUGAAUAUUAGAUAUGCAAGUAUGACAUGAAGCAUAAUUUGCGUGCCGCAGGGAAGUGAUAUUUCACCUUGAGUACAAAUUGAGAAAACUGAAAAUGAUAAUACUUACAUCUGAUAUGAAAGCAUGCUCAUUUCAAAACUGGUAUCCACUCUUCAAGGAUCAUACAGCACAGUCAAUUGUCAUACCAAUUUGUAAUGAUGUUGUCAGCUAUUUGUUAGAAGAUUCAACCCUUGUCCUUCCAGAAGAAGUAUAUAACAGUAGUGCAGCAGUGUAUUCUGAUCAUGAAGGAGACUGUCUUGAUUUGGAAAAUACUGAAGAAACUUCCUCUGAAAUAAAGCAACCUAGUUUUCCUGCAUUCAGCAAAGCUCUGAAGGAUGGUAUCAAUCAACUUGGAGGUGAAGUUUUCAUCAAGCUGAAUUGGACUGCUCCAGUUGAUGCAGCAUGGAUAACAUCUACAAAAUCUUUGAAAUGUACAUCACUUGAGGAUAUUUAUCUUCUUUUAAAGAGUUCUGAUUUACUUGUGAAGGAUUUGACAUGCAGCAUGCAGCAGCAACCCCCCAGCAGUUCGAACAGUUGCAUUGUUCUCAGGAAAUGGCAAAACAUAGAUCCAGGAAAUGAAUUUCGUUGUUUUGUAUGCAAGCAGCAAUUAAUUGCUAUUUCUCAGCGUGACUACAAAGUGUAUUAUGGACAUUUAACUCAAAGAAAAUACCAGAUUAUGGAAGAAAUUACAACGUUUUUCAAAGAGAAAAUAAAAGGAAAUUUCCCUAUACCUAAUUACACUUUUGAUAUUGUGAGACAUUCAAGCAAUAAAAUACAGAUAAUAGAUUUUAGUCCAUUUGACCCAAAAAGAACAUUGCCACUGCUCUUCACUUGGGGAGAUUUAUGUGCAAAGGAAAGGAACUUAAAUGAAGAGAUUCCAACAGUGGAGUUUCGGAUUCUUGGUGAAGAUCCAGGAAUCCUACCAAAUUCGCAUGCGCGUUAUGGCUUUCCUCAGGACAUUAUCANGGAGGUGGAGAAUGAGCGAAUGAGACACACUGCAUCAGAUGAUUUAUAA